AUGUCGGCAGAUCUAUUUACUUUAUCAUGGUUUGCUGUUUUUGCAUUGAUUAUAUUAAUUGCUUUUGUCGCUAAUAUAAUCAUUAUUAUAGCAAUACUUCGAGAUAAAUCCAUGCAUACAUCAACUUAUUUUUAUAUAAUUAAUGUUAAUAUCGCUGAUAUUCUUCUUAUACUUAGUUGUUUACCAGAACGUUUAACUGUAGCAUUUGGUUCUGGUGAUGGAUUUUAUUUAGGAAUGUUUACAUGUUAUUUAAUUCCAUUUUGUCAACAAGUCGCCAUGCAUGCAGCACUCGCAUUUUUACUUGUUUUAACUAUACAUCGUUGUUAUCCAGCUGGUGUUCCACGUUUUUUACAAGGUGAUGUUAUUCGUCAACAAAUACGUAAUUAUCCGCAAACAUUAUGUAUUCUAUGGAUAUUUGCCAUAUUAGUCAAUUUACCUUUAUUUGCAAUAACUACAUACGAACAUCUACCUUCAAAUACAACAAUUACAACACUAAAUGGUACAAAUAUAACAUAUUUAAUACAUGAACCUUCUUGUCAUACAGCAGCAGAAGAAAUUUGGUCACGUACAUAUGUAAUAUUCUUACUUGUUUCGACUUAUUUCAUAACAGGUAUUUUUCUUAUUGUUAUUUAUGGACAAGCUAUACGUAUAAUUCUUGCAUCAAAAAAAUAUUCAACAAAACCUAUUCAAUCAACACAAAAUCAUACGAAUCAUUAUCGAUUUCUUUCACCCAAUCUUAUUCAAGAAAAACAAUAUCAACCAAAAUCAAUCGCACAAACCCAUAUGAAAAUUCCAGUACCACAUUCAACUACAACAUCCACGUCAACACCAUCAACAGCUAGAACAAAUCGACGUUAUCUAAAAGGUUUGCAAAAUACAUCCACAAGAUCUGUAAUUAUAUCUUCAUCCGUAGGACAAAAUGAUUUAGAUAAAAAUUCAACUAAUUCUCAUUCAACACAACAUCUUCAAGUUAUUAUUAUGCUUUUUAUCGUUAUUUUAUUGUAUAUACUUCUUCUUUUACCAUAUCGUUUAUUAAAUUUAUUAUAUAUCGUACAUAAUGAAAUAUUUCAAAAACAAUUUAUGAAUCAAUUAUUAUUUGAGUCGUUAUUAAAUACUGUUCGAUUACUUGUUUUUCUUAAUUGUGCAUUACAACCAAUAACAUAUUUAAUUAUAUCAUCACGUUUACGUCAAACAGUUGUUAAACUUCUUCGUUCAUGGUAUACAUGUAAUUGUCAUUGUCAAUGUUCAGCAUCUUCGGAUACAGGACGACAUUAUAAAACUGAUACUCGUGCUAUUCAAGCGUAUCUAUUACAAAAACAUCAAAAUCGAAGUCCUUAUCAACUUCAACAACAACAUAAUUUUUAUCGUGAAGUUCGUCCAUUACAAACAUCAUUAAAUAAUAUACAUUUAAUGAGUUAUCAUGGUUCACCAAUAAAUCAUCUCCCAAUAUCACGAUCAAUAUCACCAGUAGCAUUCUCACAUUUAACUCUAUCGCGAUCUCCAUCACCAGUACCACUUACACAUUUUAAAAAUCGAACUCGAUGUAUUGUUUCAUUUAAUAAUGAACAUAGAAAAUAA